UCUCCUCUGUAUGUAACUUUGUGAGCACUGAACUGGCUCUUUGCCUCUCCGUGGACGCAGCAGUCGGCCAGCGGGGCAGCCUCGUCCCUGCUCUCCUCGGCUCUCCUCUCGCUGUUCCUCCGUCUUGUCCCAGAUGGAGCUGGCGCUAUGUCUCCUCCUGCUGAGCCUUCAUGUCGCUGCGGUGAGGUGCAGCCCCGGCCCGUUACUGGAUGUUGUCAUCGAUCGCUACGACAUACCCAGGUGGUGUCCCAGGGAGGCGCAGACCGAGGACUUUGUGCGUUAUCACUUCAACGGCACUUUCUACGCCGACGGGAAGAAGUUUGACUCCAGUCAUGACCGUGGUGCUGCCUUCAUCAGCCAGAUCGGCCUGGGCAGGCUGAUCACGGGGAUGGACCGAGGGCUGCAGGGCAUGUGCGUCAACGAGCGCAGAAGGAUCACCGUCCCGCCUCACCUCGCCUACGGGAGCAUCGGGACAGGUGGUGUUAUUCCUGCCGAUGCUGUGUUGGUGUUUGACGUCCUCCUGCUGGACAUCUGGAACACAGAGGACAAGGUCCAAACCCGCACGCUCAGCAAGGCGGCCAGCUGCAGCCGCACCGCCGCGGCAUCAGAUUUCAUCCGCUACCACUACAAUGGCACGCUGCUGUGCGGGAAACCCUUUGAUUCCAGCUACUCCAGGAAUAGGACAUACAACAUCUACUUGGGACAGGGCGAGGUCAUCAAAGGCAUGGAUGAAGGCCUGCUCGGCAUGUGUGUAGGAGAGAGACGGCUCAUCAUUAUCCCGCCCUUCCUGGCAUACGGAGAGAAGGGCUAUGGCACCAUGAUCCCUCCUCAGGCGACGCUGGUGUUCGAGGUGGUGAUGGUGGAUUUGUUCAACCCUAAAGACAAUGUGACUGUGGAAGUGAAGGAGGCUCCCGAGGUCUGCACCCGUAGGACCGUGGUAGGAGACUACAUCCGGUAUCACUACAACGGCACUUUCCAAGACGGCACGGCCUUUGACUCGAGCUACCAGCGAAACAGUACCUACAACACCUAUAUUGGUAAGGGCUACGUGAUCUCAGGAAUGGACAAAGCCCUGCAGGGACUGUGCAUGGGAGAGAAGAGGAGGAUCACUGUGCCCCCUCACUUUGCUUAUGGAGAAAACGGAGUCGAGAACCUCAUUCCCAGCUCCGCUGUGCUAAUCUUUGACAUCCACGUCAUUGACUUCCACAACCCCAACGAUCCGGUCCAGAUCAAGGUCAUCUACAAGCCUGAGGAAUGCAACAUGACCAGUGAAGCUGACGAUGUGAUUCAGUACCGUUACAAUUGUUCCUUGAUGGACGGCACCCUGCUGUACUCCUCGGACCAUUACGACUCGGCUCCCAUCACAACGCUCGGAGCAAACAAGGUGAUCCAGGGUCUGGAUGAUGGUUUGAGGGGCAUGUGUGUGGGUGAAAGGAGGGAGGUGGUCGUCCCACCCCACUGGGGGCACGGAGAAGGCGGAGCCAGAGGCGUUCCCAGCAGCGCUGUGCUCUUCUUUGAGCUGGAGCUGCUGGAGCUGACGAAGGGUGUGCCUGAGGGUUACAUGUUUGUGUGGCUUGGGGACGGCCCAGAUCCUCUCUUCCCUGCCAUGGACCUCAAUGGUGAUAAAGAGGUUCCUCUGGAGGAGUUUACAGAAUUCAUCAUGCUCCAGGUGAAAGAGGGCAGAGGUCGCCUUCGACCGGGGAUAGAUGUUCACAGCAUCAUCAAGGACAUGUUCAACAACCAGGACCGCAACAGUGACGGGAAGAUUGUACCAGACGAACUGAAACUGAAGGCAGAUGAGGACUCAGAGAACACCAGACGAGACGAGUUGUGAACGAAUGAAUGUUCAUGACGGGCUGGGGAAGACGGGCACGCCAGGGCUGUGGUUGUACUGCCAUGUCAGUAGCUGUUGUGCAACUGAUUCGUGGGUUGGAAAAUAUUUGACAUGCUGAAGUUGGAUCCAGUUGGAUAGCCCUAGAUUGUUGUGCCUUUAAUGAGGAGAGUUGGGCGGUUUUGCAACAUUCAACACAUUCAAUACAACUAUUGCAGUAAAAUCAAACAGUGAAUGCACAGUCCAAACAGCCUGAACAACACUGACAGAACAGGACAACAUUUAUGCACUCACUGUUUAAGAGUUACCAGUAUGUGCAACAAGGGCUACGGGUAUUUGAAAAUGUGAAAGCAAUAAAUAUGGUCAGUAGAGAGAAUGUGCUCUGUGGUGAACACAUUUUCUUCCACCAUUUACAUUGAACUACAGCUAUAUGGGCUGACACUUCUUUUCAGAACAUCUAGCCCAUGUAUUUUAAAUGACUGAUGGACUAUGGAGCCAUGUAAGCAGAGUGAACGCUGUGCCUUAUACCCUUCCCCCAGAUUAAAAAAUAAUAAUGUAAGGGCCACUGGUUGUAUUUUGAGCAGUAACAGAAACUGUAUCACAGAAAUUCUGUUAUAAAAUGGUCAUGUGUUGUAGAUGGUAUCUCAUAACAAACUUUUAUAAUAAAAUGUAGAAAAUACUUUAUUCCCACCACACUG